UAACACAUGGUGUGUGAUCUUGACCAGGAAGGCAAGAGAGGCCCCAACCCAGCCCUGUGGUGGGUGAACAGCCAAGGAGACGAAGUGAAGUGGAGUUUCAGAGAGCUGACAGACUUCACCUGCCGCGCAGCCAACGUCUUCACGCAGACCUGUGGCCUGCAGCAGGGAGACCGUCUCGCCUUGAUUCUGCCUCGAGUGCCUGAGUGGUGGCUGGUGGCCAUUGGCUGCAUCCGAACAGGGAUUAUCUUCAUGCCAGGGACAACCCAGCUGAAGGCCAAGGACAUUCUCUACCGACUAAAGGAGUCUAAUGCCCAGAGCAUCGUGACCACAGAUGCCCUUGCCCCGGAGGUGGACUCUGUGGCUUCUGAGUGUCCCGCUCUGAAAACCAAGCUCCUGGUGUCUGACCACAGCCGUGAGGGGUGGCUGGACUUCCGAUCUCUGAUUCAAUCAGCAUCCCCAGAUCACACCUGUAUUAAGUCAAAGACCACGGACCCAAUGGUCAUCUUCUUUACCAGUGGCACCACCGGCUUCCCCAAGAUGGCAAAACACAGCCAUGGACUUGCCUUGCGACACGCCUUCCCUUCGAGGUAGGAAAGAGGGC